AUGUCGCUCUUUGGAACCUUCCCCGGCUCAUCACGCGGGCCAGCGCAUACGGCGGCGCCCAAGGACCACGUUGUCGGUCACCAGUUCUCACCAUACGACUCGAACGGUGGCAGUAUCGCUGCUGUCUGCGGUACCGACUUCUGCGUCAUCGCCUCCGACACUCGUCAAAGCACCGGCUACAACAUUCAAACUCGCUACAAGCCCAAGGUGUUCCGACUGAACGACAAGGCGACGCUCGCCACCAACGGGUUUGCCGCCGAUGCGGAGGCGCUCGUGUCGCACGUUCGUCAGAGGCUCGAAAUGUAUCGUCACGCGCACGGACGAUCCAUGCCUCUGCACUCGAUCGCACGCAUGAUCUCCACCAUUCUCUACGGCAAGCGUUUCUUCCCGUACUACGUGUACAACAUCCUCGGCGGCUUGGACGAGGAGGGCAAAGGCGCCGUCUACUCCUUCGACCCCGUCGGAAGUUACGAGAGGGAAUUCUGUAGAGCUGCAGGUGCCGCACAGUCGCUCAUCCAGCCGUUCUUCGACAACCAGAUCAUGUUCAGGAACCAAACUUCCACCCCGGAGAGGACAGUCCCCACACCAGGUCAGAUGACCUUGCCCGAGGUGUUGAAGAUCGUAGUCGACUCGUUCACUUCGGCUACAGAGAGGCAUAUCGAGGUGGGCGAUGGGUUGGAAGUGUUUGUCGUUCGUACGCCUGUCGAGGCAGGGGCACAGGGAGGCGAGGCGAAGGGCGCCGCUGCGGUGGAUCUGAACAGUUUGCCAUCGGAUGUACCUUUCAGCGUGGCCGAGGCUGUAGGCGGAGAGGACGAGCAGCAGGAGGGUGCUGUCAUGGUCAUUAGGCGCGAGCUCAAGAAGGAUUAG